UCAUCCAUCUCUUGUGAUGAUGGAUAUGGGAAAGUACAAAGAGAUUACGAUAGCCGGCGACACGUAGAAGCAGAGAGAGAGUGAAAAUGGCGGAGAUGAAGUGUGUCGGAGUAGUGGGUGCUGGACAGAUGGGCUCAGGAAUUGCGCAACUCGCCGCCACGAACGGUCUCGAAGUUUGGCUAAUGGACGCUGAUCGUCAGGCGCUCUCUCGAGCCACCGCAGCUAUCUCCUCAUCCGUCAAACGUUUCGUCUCUAAAGGUCUAAUCUCCAAGGAAGUUGGUGAUGAUGCUAUGCGUCGUCUACGUUUCACAUCCAACAUUCAAGAUUUGUCUUCUGCUGAUAUCAUCGUUGAAGCCAUUGUGGAAUCUGAAGACAUAAAGAGGAAGUUGUUCAAGGAUCUAGAUGGUUUAGCAAAGAGUUCUGCGAUUUUAGCUUCUAAUACAAGUUCUAUCUCCAUUACUCGUCUUGCCUCCGCUACAAAAAGACCUGGCCAGGUCAUUGGAAUGCACUUUAUGAACCCUCCUCCAGUAAUGAAACUGGUUGAGAUCAUUCGCGGUGCGGAGACCUCAGAAGAGACGUUUAUUGCUACAAAAGCCCUGGCUGAAAGGUUUGGCAAGACAACAGUUUGCUCACAAGACUACGCGGGAUUCGUGGUGAACAGGAUCCUCAUGCCGAUGAUCAAUGAAGCCUUCCACACACUUUACACAGGGGUGGCUACAAAGGAAGACAUUGACAGCGGAAUGAAACACGGCACAAACCAACCAAUGGGUCCUUUGGAGUUAGCGGACUUAAUCGGUCUAGACGUGUGCUUGUCUGUAUUGAAAGUUCUGCAUCAGGGACUUGGAGACGCAAAGUACACACCUUGUCCUCUUCUUGUUCAAUACGUUGACGCUGGAAGGUUAGGAAGAAAACGAGGAGUCGGAGUUUAUGAUUACCGUAAUAAAGCUACACAAAAUCUAUCUCCUCGGCUCUGAGAAAUGCAAGUCAAAAAAAAGAAGUAAAGACAUGUUUUAGCUCUUAAGACAAGAACAGUUUAAUGCUUUGUGGGUUGUGUCUGGAUUCUUUCUUUGUUUCUCGGUAGAUAUGUGAAGUUUACCGGUCAGCGACCUUGUGUUGUAAUCUUGACAUGUACUUUAAAAACUAGCUUAAACAAAUCAAUAAACAUCGUUGUUAUCA